CCAAACACCCCGUCUCUCCUGCUCAAGAAUUAAGCAAACUCCGAUUCUUGUCCCUUUCACAGAGCGUGUUCACAGCUUUUCGAUUUUACCGCCAUGAGGUCGCUGUGGUUUCUGCUGCUGCUCUCACUCGCCUUUCACAGCGCUUCGGUGGUCGCGGGCCAGCGGGCGGCUGGAGCGGCAGAGCGGCAGCUCCAGAGAGCCGAGGCGGCCCUUGUUCACGCCAUGCUGAUGGAAAUGGGACAAGGGGUCAACACUAACGAGGUGGACUCGCCGUCAGCCGAACUGGUCUCCAAGCGACAGCACCCGGGGAAACGCUUAGUAAAUUUGGAGAAGCGGCAACAUCCAGGAAAACGCGAAGAGGAAGAGGACGAGGAAGAGGAUUACCGGGAAGUCGAGAAAAGGCAACAUCCCGGGAGGAGAGGUGCGGACGGGCCCCUCUUUGGGGAGGAAGAGGGGCUCUCCAAGCGGCAGCACCCAGACACAAGGCUCGUGUUGUCCAGCCAGAGCCGGCAGCCCAGUCGCGGCGCUUGGGAGGCCGAGUCUGACUCCGGGGAGAGAGAGGCGCAGUCUAGUGUCCGGCAGCCGACCAGAAGGCACCCGGAGGCGGCCGGCACAGGCAGCGAUCUCCCCUUCCCCUGUGACCCACGGGACCCUGUGGCUUGUGGCCUGUUAGAGCUGCUAGGUGGCGUGAGUAAGACGGAGGUGAAGCGGCAACACCCCGGGAGGAGAGAUGCUUCAGAUGGGGAGUUUGAAGGCCGAGAUUGAAAUGUUUAAAUGUCGUAAAAUUUUUGUUUUCCAUUCACAUGGAAUUCCCCCCCUAAAAUCUUAUAAACCUGUUACCUGGACCAGAGUUUGUUUUAAGUGUAUUCGCGAUUUUAUCAUCACUUUCCCAGCAUGUUCUUUAACGCAUGUCGUAGUG